AUGAAUAAUCCUACAAGGUCGUCAGGAGUGCACUGCGCUGUUUUCGGUUGUUCGAACAAUCAUCGCAAGAGGAACAAUCAGAGACAGCAAUUGUGCGCUGCUCACUUGCAAACGCCCUGCGAGUGUGGGAUAUGUCCCUUUAAGUUCCACCGUGUCCCCAAGGAUCCCGAACUGAAAAGAAAGUGGCUCUCCGCGCUGAACCGCAAGGACUUCAAGCCUACGGAACACACCCGGGUGUGCUCGGCGCAUUUCGUGACUGGGAAAAAGACGGGCGAGGAUAUCGUGCCGCAGCUUAACCUCGGGUAUGCGCGGAAGGUUGUCGUUGGGAGACGCCGUUUGGUGCGUGACGCAAGUGAGAAACCGCUGAUCACUAAGAAGCAAAGACUCUCCUCACAAGCUAGCUCUGGAGCUGUCACCGACUGUACGCAACCCGCCGAGCAGGUCAACGUCUCGGCCUCGACGUCACAACCAACUGCUGCUGAGCACACGGUCAUCGACUGUACGCAACCCGCCGAGCAGGUCAACGUCUCGGCCUCGACGUCACAACCAACUGCUGCUGAGCACACGGUCAUCGACUGUACGCAACCCGCCGAGCAGGUCAACGUCUCGGCCUCGACGUCACAACCAACUGCUGCUGAGCACACGGUCACCGACUGUACGCAAGCUGCCGAGCAGGUCAACGUCUCGGCCUCGACGUCGCAACCAACUGCUGCUGAGCACACAGUCAACGUCUCGGCCUCGACGUCACAACCAACUGCUGCUGAGCACACAGUCACUGACUGUACGCUAGCCGCCGAGCAGGUCAACGUCUCGGUCUCGACGUCACAACCAACUGCUGCUGAGCACACGACAACUGAUCACGGCCAAGUUCGCCCGGAUGUGUGCCACCAGGGGAUCCAGUGGGAAGACCCGUGUCUUUGCGACCAUGCCUACUCGAGGCCCACUGCUCCAACUGCGACGUUUGGUCCUCAUGGUGGUCGUAGCAUUGAGGCGCGGGACAUUUUCUUUUAUACCGGUCUGCAUGCAGAUGUCUUUAUGGAGCUGGUGAAAGUUGUACCAGAGUUUGCGACCACAAACUUCAUGAUGUCAGUAGAGCAGCAAGUUUUACUAACUCUGAUGAAGUUGAGGCUGGGCCUUGUCUAUGGCGAUUUGUCUAGGAGGUUUGGGGUUUCAGUUUCCACGGUAGGCAACAUUUUCCGUGCCAUGCUUGCCACACUUGGGCGGAUCCUAAGGAAUGUUGUUGUGUGGCUCUCGAAAGAGACGAUCUUCAGGAAUGUUCCGCAGUCCUUUGAGGAGAAUGGUUUUGCAGGCACUACUUGCAUUUUGGAUUGCACUGAGGUGUUCUUGCAGCGACCAAAAAAAUUGCUCGCUCGAGCACAGACCUACAGCUCAUACAAAGGCCACAACACUGUGAAGUUUUUGGUGGCUAUUGCACCUCACGGAUCAGUGAUGUUUGUGUCCAAGGUGUACGGUGGACGAGCGUCUGACAAGCAUAUUGUGAGAGACUCGGGAAUUAUUUCCUACUUUCAACACGGUGAUCAGGUGAUGGCCGACAGGGGCUUUUCCCUCGAUCCCGAAAUGGAAGCAAAGGGUGUAGUACUCAAUGUGCCAGCUUUUACUCGAGGGAAGCUUCAGCUGUCAGAACGAGAAGUGACAGAGACCAGAAGGAUUGCGUCUGUUCGCAUUCAUGUAGAACGGGCAAUAAAUAGGAUCAAAUCCUACAGGAUUCUCAAACAGGCACUGCCCAUCCAGCAUCGAAAGGUUGCAAAUGAGAUAGUCUAUGUAUGUGCAGGGCUAUGCAACCUAAAGGGACCUUUGAUCAAGAAGUGAGCUUUUUUCUUGAGAAUUCUGGAGCAGUGAGGUCUGCAUGGCAUACCAGUUCCAAGUUAUCACUUCUCUAUCCUAGAAGCAAUUGAAACUUCUACAAAACUGUAUGCAUGGAACUUUUCUUUUGUAAUUGCCACUUCUUGCAUUGCUUUUUUCGCCCCAGAGUUCCUUUAGAUUACAUGUAUCUACACUAUGUGAGUGUUUUUUAUUCAGUAUUCAUACAUUUGAAACAUACUUUAACACUACAUGCUCUCGCAUAACACAAUGGCCUUCAAACCCAAGCUACAAACACGCCCUGCAUAGACUGCAAAUGCUAUGCGCAUACCCCUUCUAGUAAAAGUGGCUAGCAAUAUUUCGUCAGAUAACCCAAGUUCAGUUCCGCAAUCUUGUCUGUUCUUUUUUUAGUAAUGUGUUACUAUUUUUUCGGGCAUGUUCCUACCGCUACCUUACGCAGGUCCAAGAGUCAACUGUGUAUUUCUGUUGUGUAUUAACGAUUGCACAUCUGCCAAGAUUACAUAUUUUUCAUUAUCUUUUGUGAAGGUGUUGUGUGGAUAGAGCUAGAGGGCCUGUCAUAGUCACAGCAUUGUGCUUGAAACUGUUUUUUUUUUUUUUU